AAUAACAAAUUACACAUGUUUUUGUUUUAGAUUUCCCGGCUAAUUGUGUUGAAAAUAUUUAAUUCGAUUUCAAGUUUAAACUCUAUAAGAUAAUCAAGCUUCUACAUGUCAAAUGCAAUUGGAAGCGAAGGAUACCUUUCCAGCGAAACGAAUAAUUGUUAAGCUAAUCGAGGAAGCACUGCAGCAAUACGAACGAAACACAAGCGCGCUGGAUAUAGAGUCAAAUAUAGAAGUGCAUACAAAUCAUUUAUUGCAACAACUCAAAGCGCUUUUGGGCGAUAUCCUCGUAGAGGCAUUGUGCAUUUUGGAUGAGCAAAGCAUAAUUUUAUAUACCAGUGAAAGUUGUGCUCUUGCCGAGAUACAAAUCAAACAUCAACAGUACAGUAGCUCUGUUUGGUUGUUUCCUGGCGUGAAUUAUUGUAAUUGUCAACAAUUCAACGAGCGUGUAUUGGGCUUGUCAAGUGAGCUAGAACAUCAAACUUCAGCCACACAAAGUGAAAACGUGCAGCGGAGUUAUACUUGUGCACAUGUAUUGGCAUUGCGUCUCGCACAGUUGUUACGUCCAAAGCCAAGUUCUUACAAAGUGGAAGAGGUGACAACACAACAAUUUAAUAAUUUGAAUGAACGAAUGGAAUGCAACUUUUUAGAAAUAUUUAAGCAAAAUUCGCCCUGAAAAUUAACGAAUGCAACAUUCAAAGACCCUGUAUGAAAAGGGACUCUUAAAGAAUCUAAAAAUGUUAACACAACGUCAAUAUUCGAAUUUCAAAUUUGUAGCGCGUUUGGAUCAGAUCAAGACAUUUUACACCGGCAUUAAGGCUUUAAAUUUUGAAAACAAUGGCAAGUUUCAAAUAAGCGAAGAAGGCCUGCGUGUCACCGUGGAGGAGGGUAAUUGUGUGCAAGCAAAUCUUUAUAUGACUGCAACAUGUUUUGCCGAAUUCCAUGUUGUCGAUACGGUGACCUUUGGUCUAAAUAUGAAUAUCAUCUCCGAGUGUUUGGGUCUAUUCGCCGGCAUACCAUGCAGCUUGAAAAUGUUCUACAAAGGCAAUGGUGCACCACUGGUGCUCGUACUGCGUCCUAACGAUGAACCUGAUAUAUCAGCAGAAUGUUCUAUUAAAACUACCAACGUCGAUGAAGUCAUAGACUAUAAUCUUGAUGAGGAUAGUGCUAGCUUAAAUGUGGUAUUUAUACGCGGACCGGCACUCGCGUCCCUCAUACAAGAGUUAAAUAAAGCGGCCGAUGAAUUGCGAAUAACUUUGUCACCGCGCACGCCACAUUUUAAAAUCGAGACAUUGGGUGUGAUGAAAACCGAGACGUUCGUUGAAGUGGCCAAAACUAGUGAUAUGAUCAUGUUGUUCAAUUGCCGCGAAACCACGUCGGCAUGUUAUCGCAAUACAGAAAUGCGUAUGACACACAAAGCACUGGCAGCCGCCACAAAAGUUGCGAUCAAAACGGAUGCAAGUGGCUUACUUGAAAUGCACUUUAUGAUGCAAUCCGAGGAGCAGGCGGAGGUGUAUGUACAGUUCUAUAUAAUGCCGUUGGCGGAUAUUUAGCAUUUAAAAAUUUGUUGCUGUUAUAGCGUGUACACUUUUUUCAUUUUAUAUUAUAAUUUCUGUGAAAUAUAAAAAUCACAAAAAACAUUUAUACUUAUACUUAGCAAAAAGUUUAAAAAUAAAUUAAGUUUCACUACCGACAGUAAA